CAUGUGCUGCUGUGGUUAAUGUUUGCAGGAGAUGGUUUUUUUGUUGUUGUUUUUUUUUGUUUUUGUUUUUUAGGAAUUUGAGUUUGGUUAGCGCCAACUUAUUAUGAUGGCCCAAAAUCUUGUUUACUGCUUGCUUUCAGGUUCUGAUCAGAGAGGGUAGAUUUACGUGACGAGACAAGGACGGAUGUGUCCAGCCCACUGAUCGUCACGUGGAAUGAGCAGUGUUAUGAGUGCUGACGCUGUCGGAGUGAUAAUGGAUCAGGGGGAGGGCUGAAGGAGAGGAGUGGGUGGGAGUAGGAGUGCCUUUAAGAAAGGAGCCCACAGCAGUUUCCCAAACUUUAGGUUAGAUCUGGGCUGUGACUAUCUCAUGAUGGUUUCUCCUCUGUUUGCAUUCUCCAUGGCAUUCCAGCAGCUCAAGUGAGCUCAAGGAAUGCUCAUCAGUUGUUUUUUUUUUUCUCCUGCUGAGGAUACUGCUGUCACCUGCUGUAUUAGCCAAGCUGGAGUCUCUAGGUGGGUCCAUUUGAUCGGCUUGUGGAGAACCGGGCCGAGUUUUCAAACGCCUAACAUGGGAUUCAGGGCAUGAGGCGAGCUGUCUUUGCUGACCGGAUGAGUGUCUAACUGAGGGCAAAGGAAAAUGCACACACUAUCAAUAAUUUGGAUUCUGCACUUAAUGAAUCUUUCGAAAGGCCAAGACAGCUCAAAUAUUAUAAGAUGGAAACGCAGCUCCUCGUUGAGCACCAUUUGUCAGGCAGGCUGUGCGACAUGCUCAGCCCUGAAUGGCUGUCUGUCCUGUAAACCUCGACUCUUCUUCCACCUGGAGCUGGACGGGAUGCGGCAGAGAGGGGCGUGUCUGUCCUCCUGUCCUCGAGGUCACUUCGGCAUGCGCUCUCCGCACAUCAGCACCUGCAACAAGUGCAAGGCAGACUGUGCUUCCUGCUUCAGUGAAAACUUCUGCACCCGCUGCCAUAUGGGUCACUUCCUGUUCAGAGGCAAAUGUGAACACAGCUGUCCUAAGGGUUGGGCGGCAAACGCAGCGCUGAGGGAGUGCACAGAGUGCCCCGCGGGCUGCGAGGUGUGUGCCACCAGGAGCACCUGCACACAGUGUGGCGCCGACACGUACCAGCUCCACGGCCAGUGCCACCACACCUGUCCCAGAGGGUCCGAGCCAGAUGUGCAGUCCAUGCAGUGCAUCCCUCAAAUUCACUGUGAGGUUGGAGAGUGGACGAGCUGGGGUCAGUGUGCGCAGAGGGACGGCACGAGAGCACACCGGAGGGGCGAGGAGGAGCGCACCCGCCAAGUUCUGCGCUCCCCCAGUGGGACUGGGAACGCCUGCCCACACGUGUCAGAGGUCAGGAAAUGCCCCAUCAAAAAGAGCCAGAAAAGGGUUGGAAUUUUUGAUGGACUGCAUCAACCAUUAGAAUCAUGUCACAUCUGUCUGUAGAUGCCUUUCCGUAUACUCUUAUAUUACAUGUGUGUCUAUCCAUCCAUCCAUCCAUCCAUCCAUCCAUUUUCGUAACCGCUUAAUCCCUAAUGGGGUCGCUGGGGGGACUGGAUCCUAACCCAGUAGUCGAUGGGCGAGAGGCCGGGUACACCCUGGACGGUCCUCCAGUCCAUUGCAGGGC